AUGGCUUCCCCGAACUCACCGAGUACACUCUCGGCAGACAACCUAACGGUCCUGCCCCCCAUCCUGACAGAUGCCACGGUAAAGCCGUCGCCGAGCGCAAAGGACCGGUUAUCUACAUACUCGAAUCUCUCGUUAGCCUCUCAACAUCGUUCGCGCCCGGGCUCCCACAUCUUCCCCGUCUUUCAUUCCAGCCUGCCAUAUGCUCUUGUCCGAGACUUUGCUUACCCGACAAUCCACCCAUUCCACUAUGGUCCACCUCCUCUACCCUCCGGGGGUUCCACGCCAGCAAGCGAGUACCGUCGUUUGUCAGACCUGCCGAAUUCGUGGGAAAGCGCGCGGGGACCAUGGGCCUCUGGUCCAUUCAACAAUGAGACCAGCCAAAGCCACGGUCCGGGCCAUGGCCAAGGUCAUCAACAAUUGCCGGCCAUGUCCUUCGGGGACGGACCUCCGUACAGUGAAGAUGAAGAUUUGCACAGUCCAGUGGUGACAACGGUGCGUCAGCGGAAUAAAUCUAUCGGCACCGAUUCAAAUGGCAUGACAGAUGAGUACAUGGCCGAAGCCGCAGAUCGCGGCAUGUUUAUUAGCGUGAACCCUGAUGGGAGUGAGACAUAUUACGUCAAUUCGGAUGAUGCAAUGACAGAUGGACCUGGUGGAGAAUAUGUGACAUACCCAGUCAACGAAAGCAGGUAUUCUCAUUACGAUACCCAGCAAGGCCACGCACCCGACGUUACGUCCGAAGACAAUGGAGACCGGUAUGCGAAUGAUUAUCAAUUCGCUGUUGGCUGUCCGGAUGAAGAAAUGCACGGGAAAGCCGUCGCUCUCUUUGACUUCACCCGUGAACACGAGAAUGAACUACCCCUUACCGAGGGCCAGGUGGUCUACGUAUCUUAUAGACAUGGCCAUGGCUGGCUGGUUGCCGAGGACCCAACGACUGGAGAAAAUGGUCUUGUUCCCGAGGAAUUUGUGAGGCUGCUUCGAGAUAUUGAAGGGGGGUUGACCUCGUUGAACGGGGAACCUAUCUCGGACUCGACAGAAAGCAGUACCUCGAUUGAUAUGACUGAGGAUGAUCGCACUUCGACACCGACCCAAGAUGAUUCAACGAAUACCAAUGGCGACACUCCGAUGACUAUUUCCGUUGAAGGCACGAACGAGACCAACCAGGCCACUGGUGGUUCUGCUGGUUCCCGUGUCAGCAUUAUAUCCAAAACAUGA